AUGGCAACGCAGAUAGGGCAUGCCAUCCAGAUGCUGAACAACACGAACAGCACGAUCCGAGCAGUUGCAGAAGGCCAAGUGCUCGAGGUAAUCAAACGGGCGUUCGUUUACACACCCGACAGCGAACAUAGCGACCGAGCAGCAAUACUUGCUUACCUCAACGGUAGGGAUAUUGGCUGCCUCAAGAGGAGAAGCAAGACGGUGGACAUUAGAAGCCUCUGGUCAGAGCUUUCAGGACAUCUAUCGGUGAGCAAAACGCGAAUCAAUACUGGGAGUGACGGCAACUACCUGCUGAAGACGGCAGACGGCUCUGAUCUAGACCAGCAGCACCUCAUUAGGGGUACCAAACAACACAUGGCAGGGCUACACCGCGAGGUGUGGAAGAACAAGGUAGACCAAGGGAAAUCUGUGGCCUACCAAACAGCAGCUAGCAACGCUUUCUUGCGGAGAUGUACCCGGCUGAAGCCGGAGGAGGUCGUCUUUGCAUUGAGGGCACGCUCUGCACAACUUCCCACGAGAGCAUACCUCAAGAAGAUUAAAGCUUCUAAGGUAUCUCGCUGUCUCCAUUGCACUGCAGAUCCCGAAACACUUGCGCAUGUGCUCAACCACUGUCCUCACAGCCUUGACAGCAAAAUGAAAGAGCGGCACAACAAGGCCCUGGUGAGGAUUACAACAGCACUUAAGCGCAGCGCGAUGAAUCGGGAGAAGACCUUGCAAAUAGAUGGCAGUUAA